AUGCUUCGUAUGGCCAAUGGCACAGUUGAACUCGAAACGAUUGAGAGUCUCUGUUUAUUAUCUUACUCUUCUUUCCUCGAUGGAAACAUACAUCUUGGGCGCUUCCAUCUGGGCCUUGCUCUGCAUCUUUGUAGGUCGGCGACGUUGGAUCUUGAAUCAACGUAUGUCGGUGAGGGUCCCACCACCGAGCGAAAAAAGCGUCUUUUUUGGAGUCUCCAAUGCCUCGAGCAGUCAUAUGGCCAGCAGACUGGGUUCCUCUGUAUACCUGCAGAAAUUCUGCGUGCAUUCUACGUUUCCUCCACCGGCGACCGCGCAUUGCAGGAUCCGACUGAGUCAAAGCCUCCACCCCUACCGACGGAUGACCUAGGGUGUUCAAAACCAUCCGAUAUAGGGAUAUGGAGUCUGGCUGCUCAUUUUGGCUGGGUAUGGAGCAGAGUGCGGACAUACAUCUCAGAUUGCGCCCGCAACAGACUGAAAGAGCCAUGGAGGCACGACUCCAUGUACUCUAUGGUCCUUUCCGAUCUAACAGAAAUUGAGAACAAGCUUUCUCAGUGCCAUCGCUACGAUUCAGUCAAAUUUUACGAACGUACGGCAGAGGAACUCCGAAUGAACCGAGACUAUUGGACACCUUGGCUCAAGUUACAAUUCACGUAUCAUUGCGUAUUGACUGUCCUCAACCAUCCAUUUGUCUACAUUGUGGCCUCUCAAUACAAUGACAACUUGGCCAUUCCAAACGCUUUUUGGAGGCGAUCAUCGGAGCUGGUUCUGUUGCAUGCCACCUGGCUCGUUCGGAUGAUAGACAUGGUGUCCGAGAAAAAGAUGCGACUUAUCGACCCUUUCUUUGGGCAUGCUGCUGCUAUUGCAGCUACUGUGCACCUCUAUUACUGUUGCGCUGCGGAUCCCCGACUCAAAUACAAGUCCAAAGUCGAUUUCACAAAAUGCAGAAGGUUCCUCAAAACUUUUGUGUCAUUUUCACCGGCCUGUGAAGUUCUGGACCAAACACUAGACAAAAUGACGCGAAUCGCCUCGGGGUCGGAGAGUAUCGACUAUGACUGGGAGCCUGAAAAGAUCCAUCUCAGUAUACCUCUGAUGUGGGAUGUUCUCCAGGUCAACUGUAAACCGAAACCACAUGAGGUCUCCACAGGCGGACUGCUCCAUUCAUCAUUGACCCCCACCGUCACUACGGACGAAAACGACGAAAGUCCGACCUUUACCGUUGAGGUCAUUGUUGCAAUGUCCCCCAACAUCACCGUCAACACAGCCGACGGCGGACAAACUGCCCAUAUGCCGCCAACCAUGCCACGCAAGUCUUCUGGGAGCGCCCAAAGCUCUCCGGAUAUGGACUUUGGUGAAAAGCUUGUUGCGCCAGCUGACAGUCUGAUGACGAAUACACCUUGGCUGUGGGCCGAUCCCUCACAGUUUGUCGAUAUCGAGAACAAUGUGGGAUAUCCAGACUCGGAAUCUAACUUCGGAAACAUCGAAGGAUUCUCGACAUGGUGGGACUUUGGAAACUUAUAG